AUGCGACCCCACUUUAGAAGCAAAGUGGUGUGUAUUCUUAAUUGUCUUCAUUGCUCAAGUCAAGUAUGCAAACGGGGAAUGAAAGCCAUACUUUUAGCCGACACAAAUAUCGAGUUGUUUUCUACGGAUGCUCCUCCAUUUGGUGUGCAGCUUGUGUACGAUGAUUACCUAACUAGAAACUGUCAGUGUCGGAUUCGCGAUGUUGCUUGUCUUGGUUGCGGUAAUGUGAUUGGAUACCAUGUUACUCAGCCAUGUGGUCCGUGUAUGGAUGCCUGCAAUAAUGGCCAUUUUUGGAUGUUUCAUGUGACUGAAGUCAAUUCACAUGAAAGACCUUCUGGUCAAGGUAAACUAUUGCUUUUGAAAUCUUGA